GCACGGUGACUGCUGCUAGUUUAAUUCAGCCUCCCGGGUUAUAAUUUCCGCAUUUUCAACCAAUUGCAUCUCCCGCAGAAAUUUGGAAUGAGUGUCGAGAUGAUUCAAGUCAGUCUCCAACACUUGAACGAAUGAAGGCAGCAGCUGCUCAAAGGCGCUGGUCGCUGGGAAAUCACCUCUUUAUCAUAGCCCAUCCCAUCAAGGAAACACGGACCAGCCCUAUGUAGGUGUGCUCAGGACCAACAUUAAUCUCGGGAGCUCUGCUGUUACUGUUUUUUUGGGCGUUGAGACAAGGAAUAUACCAAAUGCUACUUCUUCGGCGGGGAAUAAUUAUAUUAAUGCACAAAGUUCGAACGCACGAUUUGAAGAAUGAUGACAAAUGAAUUAGAAGUGGGCAAGUCCAGCCAGAUGGAGAUGUUCACAUUACCAGUCAACGCAGCUGCUCAGAAAAAAAUUGAUGAUGUGCAUGAAGAACCAAUUGAGAACGAAGACUUGGCAAGCUAUUUGGAAUCGCUGAGUGAGGUACCAUCGCAAUCUACAAGGUUGUGCGGGUAUCUCAACAAGCUGGGAGGCAAAGGACCACUCAAACGCUGCAAGACCCGUUGGUUUGUCUUUGACUCAAGGAAAUGCCAUCUGUAUUAUUUCCGAAAUGCCCAUGAUAACAGUCCACUGGGGAGCAUGGAUUUAUCAAAUGCUGCAUUUAAUUAUUGCCUGGAAGCCGAGGAAGGAACUUUUGAAAUUAAAACUCCGGAGAAGGAUUAUACUCUAAAGGCAAAAAACAAAGAAGUCAUGAUGUACUGGUUACAGCAAUUGCAGCAGAAACGUUGGGAACAUGAUAAGCUGAACCAUCUCUUAGAAGGUGAUCUCCCCACAUCUGAUCCACAACCUGACACUCCACCAGCAUUCAAAACAGAAGAGGAAACAAAUGAGUUCCUGGAUCCGGUGAAGAUACCGACAGGCCUGGUUGGGGAAGAAGCAGCCUCGUUGCCUGCCCCUCUACAACCAAGCACUUUGUCCAACAUCUCCCUCAAGCAUCUGGGAACUGAAAUCCAAAAUUUUGGUUCAAAAACUGUGCUUCAGUUCUGUGGGAACAAGCCGUUGAGGGAAAAUCGAACAAGCUAUGAAGAAAUGAACCAGGCAGCAAGUGAAAUGAGCGGAAGUCCAUCCCUGCCCAAAGGAGAGGAUACAUCAGUUAAGGAGUGUCACCUGGAAGUACAGAAGCCUCUACCCCGAAAGACUUCAACAGGCGGCAAUUUGAGAAACUUAGUCAAUUUUCUCAACACUGGUCCAAUGUGGCAGGAGAGGUUUGCAGUGAAGGAUGGGACUUCCCCAGCCGAAUUAAACAAGGAUGUCUUGAGACUCACCAGGGAGCUGAAUGCACAAAGGGAACUGGUGAAGCUCCUGCACAGGGCUCUGGAAGCAGCGCAGCAGGAGAAGAGGGCUUGCGGCUCGUUUCUCACGGCUGAUGACUCCACCCGCCUGGAGCUGGUGCGGCACAAGGUGCGGCAUAUCAGGGAGCUGGAGAAUCGCGUGUGCUCGCUGGAGAAGGAGAGGCACGAGAUGGAACAGAACCUGAAGCUCCAGCAAACCCACGUCGACGAGCUGAAGCAGCAUGCCCAGCUGCUGAUGGACAAGAACCACGCCAAGCAGGAGGUCAUCCUAAAACUCACGGAGCAGAUGGUGGCCAAGGAGACUGAAAAGCCAGAAUUUGACGAGGUUAUCGCCACAACCCUGGACGAGUUAAGGACAAAGGUUUCACACAUGCAGGAUGUUCAAGAAGCCUACAAUACGCAAAACAAGUUCUUGAAUUCUGAGAUCUAUCAGGUCACCAAGUUGUGGCAGAACGCCAGGGAUCGUGAGAAGGCCCUGUCCAUGAAGUGUGCAUAUCUCGAGGCCAGAUACUGUCAGAUUGAGAGUAAAUACCUGGUCAUGCUUCACAAGCUCCAAAACAUAAGUGGACAAGAUGAGACCUGCCAAGAAAUAGUAAAGCAGUUUAUUGCUGAGCAGCUGAAAUGGGAGAUUAAGGACGAAUCCAAUCUUGCAGUUGGCCGGAUUUGCAGUGAGCAUGAUGAAUAUGGCUUCAAGUUGGUAUCUUCCCCGGUGCAGGACCAAAACAUCCUAGCCAAAAUCCAAGCUCUUGAACGAAAAUCCAACGACCUGAUUCUCGGCCAGGAAGGUCAGGAGAAAAACAUCCAGGUGAGGUGGGAAAACCAACUGUCCGGUAAGAGCUUUGGAGAACUCAUGCCAUCACCAGAGUUAAAGAACCUGAUCAGAAAUGGCAUCCCCAAGGAGCAUCGAAGGCACGUUUGGAAAUGGUGCAUCAAUAGACGGGUUCGACACAUCAGGGAACGAUACGGCAGCAACCGUUACCAGGAGCUGCUGAAGCUUUGCAAGAACAAGCAGCAAGCAGCCUCCAAGCAGAUCGAGCUGGACCUCCCACGGACACUGACCAAUAACACACACUUCAGCUCGCCCUCUUCCAAGAUGGUUCAGAUGUUGCGCCGGAUGCUACUGGCAUACUCAUGGCAAAACCCAGAUAUUGGGUACUGUCAGGGACUGAACAGACUGGCGGGUAUUGCGUUGUUGGUGCUUCAGGAAGAAGAAGAUGCCUUUUGGUGCCUGGUCGCCAUUGCUGACUGCAUCAUGCCAGAAGAUUACUACAGCAAAACUCUCACGGGUUCCCAGGUUGACCAGAGGGUGUUUAAGGAUCUAUUGUCAGAGAAGAUGCCUCGGCUGGUGUCUCACUUCGAUCAGUACAAUGUAGAUCUCUCUUAUGUCACAUUCAACUGGUUCCUGGUGGUUUUUGUGGACAGCCUGCUGAGUGACAUCCUCCUCCGGGUCUGGGAUGCAUUCCUCUAUGAGGGAACAAAGGUUAUAUUUCGGUAUGCACUGGCAAUCUUCAGGUGCAACGAGGAAGACAUUCUCAAACUUCACGACAGCCUGGCAAUUUAUGAUCAUCUGCAAUGCCUGACCAAGAACAUUUCUGAGGAAAAGAAACUCAUGAACAUUGCGUUUGUUGAAAUGAACCCAUUCCCCAUGAGGCUGCUUCAGAACCGACGAACUGUGCAUCUGGAGAAACUCAAAGCUGAGCUGAGGGAGCUGGAGAAGAUACGGGUAGAAUACGUGAAAGAUAGAGAAGAACACAAGGAGCUAAUUGCCGUUCUUAGCGAGGAUGAGGAAGAAACAUAGAGAGCUUGUCCUGCAACCUCAAACUUGGGCGUUUCUACACAGGAGGUUUUGAAAAUCUGACUGUCUUCUAAGAUUCCUGCAAGAUGCGUUUGCAGGAGAAUGCACUUGAGUAAAGUUGCCAGAUUUUUUUAUUAUGUUUACCUAUUUCAUGCUUAUCGUGGCCAUGUAUUGCUGGCCAGAAAAAGCAGGGUGUAGACACAGACUCAAACCUAUUGGGAAAACAAAUGCGGCCUUGCCAAAGAGUGUCCCUUGGAAGACUGGGAAUAGUUUUGCUUCUCUCACGCCAAAGCUUCCUAUGAAUAAGACAGGUUAAUCUAUCUCGAGGUAUUCCAGGUAGUUUUGUGCUGUAUAAUUUGUUUGGGAUUCUUCCUGAUUUCUAUUCAUCUGAGCUCCAAAUAUGGGAGAUCCUAACAAUGACAGGACAUUAGACCUGAUGACUGAUUGCACAGGAAUAAAUUUGGUGGCUGAUUGAUAAUUCAGCAGAAAGGUUUGCACACAUUGAUCGACUGGGUUGGCAUGCUUUAGAUAUUAGCUCUAUAAAUGGAUUUCUGUGUAGACCUCUCUCUGUGGUCUCCAGUGGGGAAAAUAUUUAAUCUCAAAUGUAUUUCUUGAGAGUAUGGCAGUGCCCCUGAAUGAGUGAGAAACUAUCUUUAUUUAUGUACUGUUAACGUUUGACUGUUGAUCUUGUAUGUGCUGCCCAGAGGUUUUUGUAGAAGAAAUUCUUGUGCUGUGUCUGGAGUUUCAUCUUGUUGGGUAUUUGUUAAGCUAGGUUUUGGGGUGCACUCCAAUUCCAACCUAAAUUCACCCUAACUCUGACUUUGUCUAAUGAAUGGGAUUAUUGAAGCCAUUGGCUCAGCAAGAAAAGUUAUCCAAAUGUACUCUGGUCCUGGAAACUGGUUUUCCUAAUGAUUGAGAGGCGGGAGAUGAUCUUAUGAUGUUAAGACGCUCCAAAGACGUACAGGUUUGUAGGUUAAUUGGCUUUGUAUAAAUGUAUAAAAUGUCUCUAGUGUAGGACAGUGUUAAUGUGCGGGGAUCGCCGGUUGGUGCGGACUCAAUGGGCCGAAGGGCCUGUUUCCGCGCUGUAUCUCUAAACUAAACUAAACUAGAAGACAGCCAGUGAAAACUUUGGUAUAAGAACCGAGCCAAAAGUAUAUUUCCAAAAUAUGCCUAAAGACCCUUUUUGUCGUCAACUUUCAUUGUAAAGUGUCAUCUUCGACAAAACUGUAUUGUUGUGGUCAUUCACUGGCUGGUGAGAACACCGACACCAUGGACCCUGUUUUCCCUAGCACUGACAUCAGGGCUAAACUGUAAAACCAAUUUAAUCUACCCAGUCUUUCCAUGAAUGUGCUGGGCUCAGAAUAAAAACUAUCCAUAUCUGAUGUAAUAUUGACAAUUGACCUGACAUUAAUUUGUUGUUUGGAAAAAGAAUUCCACCUUCUUUAUCAGCUCAAUGAGAGGUUUAAUGCCCACAACAAUUUGGAAAUUGAUUUUUUUGGGGAGAAAAAUAAUCCAUUUUACUCCAUCAACGGGAUUUUAUUUGAUUUCAUGCAAGCUUCAUCUUCUAACAAAUUAAUAAAACAAAUCAUCAAAUUAUAAUGAGUAAAUUUAUUGUUUGCCAUUAUAAUUUAGAUAACUUUAAUUAUAAAUUAUUGGGACAAUUUAUAUUUUCUGUUUUCCUUUAAGUAUGAGCUAGAAAAUAUUAAUUGUUCUAGGAGGAAACUAAUUCGGUGAUCAAGAAAUCAGGCAAUAAGAACAAAGUGCUGGCAAUGCCAGAAAGGUAAUCAACUUUAAAUGUUAACUCUGUUUCUUUCUCCUGUACUAUCUGACUUGUGGAGUGUUUCCAGCAUUUUCUGUUUACAUCUCAAAUUUCCAGCAUCUGCAGUUUUAUGUUUUGCUUUUUGGAGUCACAGAAGUUGGGCAUAAAUUUUACUAACCUUCUCCUCACUUGUCGCCAUGAUCCCUUUCAGGAGACUGUUGCCUGUUCCACAAUGUGAGAAACUGAUUUUAAAAAAUGACUGCUUCCAAAAAUCCCAGGUGUAUUGUGUCGUCUUUUAAAGAGACAUUAACUAUUGUUGUUAAGGGUCUUGUCUCAAACAUAAAGACCUACCAGAUGCUGCUUUUGACUGUGUGGUUCUUGGUUGUGACAAGGGAUCUUUGACUUGAAGUGUUAAAUGCUCUGUUUCUCUCCACAAAUUCUGUCUGACCUGUAAAAUGUUUCCAGCAUUUUGUUUUUUCCUAUAUUUCCAGCGUGCAUCACUUUCUGGGGUUUCGUUCUUGUGUGUGCACAUUUUUCUCCGGUUAACGGUGUCAUUCAAAUUUGGUGUCAGUGGGCAUAGUCAUUAAGUCUGUAUCUUUCUUUUUAAAAAAGCCAUCAGAAUCUAAAAGCACAGAUGCAAUGUUAAAUGCUCAAUUUUUCUGUUAACAAAAAUUAUAGAUUAUUUCACAAUUAUCUUUAAAAUUAUCACAGUAGAUUAUUUUGCAGCAUGUAGUAACUAUAUUUGCAACCGCUAACAUGCAAAUGAUGGUUUUCAUUGGAAAUGUAUUGAAAAUAGCCAUGCAUGGCAAAUUGCCAAAAAGGUGAACAAUAACUUUUUAAAAGGUGUCCUCUUGAGUCAUACUUGUGAUUGCCAUCAGAGUUAAAGGAAAUAACAGUAUUUCAUGUCACACACUGGUUUGUACUUUUUAAGUCUGCAAAGAUAAAUCUAGAGAGAAGAGUCUUCCAAAUAUGCAAACCUGACUUUAGUUUUGCUGGUAGACAAAAAUGCUGGGGAAACUCAGUGGGUGAGGCAGCAUCUAUGGAGCAAAGGAAAUGGGCAACGUUUUCAGGUCGAGACCCUUCACAGUUAUGCUGGGUUUUGUCAUAAUAAUCUCUAUAAAGUGCUUAGUGCAAACUGAACUAAGUACUCUCAUUUUUUAGAUUAAUUAUAUGGCUGUCAGACAUAAUCUACUCGAAGCAAUACUUGAGAAGCUUAAUUUAAUCUUCCUUUGCAAAAUAAAUUUCUACUUCGUGCUUUGUGAAUUGUGCCAACUGAGGUGAUAUUCUGCUAAUAUGCUUAAAAGCCUCAUUAGUAAACAUGCACUUUAUUAAACAGAGCCAGCCACUACUGCACUGAUGAUGUUAUUUUACCAUCUCUUUGUUCUCAAAGCCCAAGCAUAUAAUAUUUGUGCAUUCUUCCCUCCCAUUUAUCUUGUGUCCUAUUAUCCUGCAAGGUGCAGUGAAGUCCCAUUCCUGCAGGUGGCUGCUUCAUGUUGCAUGUGUUAGUAGGCUAUUUAACUGAGGGUACAAGCACAACCGUAGAGUUGUAGAGAGUUACAGCAUGGAUACAGGCCCUUAUACCCAGUGUCCAUGUCAAGUAUCAAUCACUCAUUUACAUUAAUCCUACACAAAUAUAUAUUUUUAUCCUCAUAUUCUCAUCAACUCCCCCAUAGAUUUCACCCACACUCUGGGUGGCAAUCUGCAGUGUCCAAUUAACCUAUCAACUCAAACAUCUUUGAGAUGUCAGAGGAAACACAUGUGGUCCACCUGGUCUGAUUCUUACUGUCACCUGCCAAAGACGUACCUUCCCAUUAGAAUUCUGUGAUCAAAACUGGAGAAUUCUGCUUUGUAUUUUAAUUUCACCCCAUCCCUCUCAGCCUGAGAUCGAUAAACGCACAAAUCUUUUAGCUUCCAAAGCUUCCUGGUUUAUUUCUGAGUUUUUUUUAUGGUUUACAAAUCUAAAGUCAAUAAAUAUUCAGCCUAACCCAAAUAGAAAAUGAUUCCUUAUGUCAAUUGCUUUUUAUUAAAUGCUUAUAUAUUUUUGAGUAAAAGGUGCAUUCAUAAUUGUUCUAACCACCAAUUUCUAAAGAGUUGCGUGUCACUCCUUCAUUGUGUGACAUCCUUUGACAGCACUUAUUUUGUUAUUUAAAGGACCACGUAUACUUGGCCAUAAACAAGCAUAUAAAUCAAAUCAAAUCUUGCUUUAUUUUUAAAUGUUAUGUGUUGACUAUUGGUGUAUAUUUUUGAUAAAAGUAUUAAAAUGUUUCAAGUGAUGCUGUGGAAUGUUGGAGACUUUUUUCUAAAGUGUAUUUUCUUUAACUUGUUUGCAAAAGUUUAUAGAAAAUUUAUAAAAAUAGACUGCAAA